AUGCUUAACAACCUGACACCAAGAACUAGCAACUGUCACUGGCCUAACCUAGUUUUGAGGGAUUUCCACAACUGGGUCAGCAGUAGUUGCAGCAAGAGGGGCAUUAAUAGUUCCUUUAGGCAGAACAUUGGAAGUAGGGGAAGCAAUUCCUUCAUUUCUGGAACCAUCAGAGCAAAUCAAUGCUGGAACAGAGGUGGUAACGGCAACUCUGCCAUUCCGUACAUUCCCAUCCACGGGUGGGAAAGAGAUGCAGAUGUGUGGGGAUUCAUCUCUGGAGCAGAUUUGACUAAGCUUGAG